AUGAAGCCAAUGGAACAGACAUCAAUAUAUUCUUUUGUUAAAUCAAAAAAUUUAAAAGCAGAGUUAUCACAUACUUUUGGUACAUUGGCUGAAAGAAGAAGACCACAAAAAAUUGAGGAGGUGGUUGGACAAUUAAAAACUAGAGAUGAUAUCAUUCAUCAAAUUACAGUUUUAGGGAAGAUUGAUUCAAUGAUUUUCUUUGGACCACCUGGGUGUGGGAAAACAACAUUAUGUAAAUUGAUUAAAGGGUACUUCGAAAAGUCAUUUAUUGAAUUAGAUGGAAGCUCAAUUAAUACAAAAAUGACUAAAGACCUUAAAAGUAUUAUUAAAAAAAAUAAAGAAACAACACACUCUCAAACCAUUAUUUUUAUUGAUGAAAUUCAUUGUAUUAGUCCAAUAGUACAAGAACUUCUUAUUGAUUUGCUUAAAGAAAAAACAAUUCAUUUAAUUGGAACAACAACCCAAGUUCCAUCAUUUUGUCUUUCAAAAGAAUUACUUCUCUUUGUGAGGGUUAUUAUGUUGGAACGAUUGAGUGAAACAUCAUUGAAGGAAAUUAUUAAAAGAGCAAUAAAUGCUGAAUACUCAAAAUACAUAGUUAGUGAUGAAAUAAUUAAUAAGAUCAUCGACUCAAGUGAUGGAGAUGGAAGAAUGGCAUUAAAUAAUUUAGAAAGAUUGAUUCAAUGCGCUGAGUUGGAAAAAGUAAAUGAGAUUAGUAUAAAAUUUGUUCAUGAAAUCAUUGGAAAAAAAUCUCUUAAUUAUGAUAAACGAGGGGAUGAACAUUAUAAUUUAAUAAGUGCAUUUCAGAAAAGCAUAAGAGGAAGUGAUGAAGAUGCUUCAGUUUAUUGGUUAGAACGUAUGAUUCUUUCAGGUGAAAAACUUAGUUAUAUUACUCGGAGAAUGUUAAGGAUAGCAAGUGAAGAUAUUGGAAUGGCAGAUACUAGUGCGACAACAGUUAUAUCAAAUGUUGCGUAUGCUGUUGAUGUUUUAGGGUAUCCUGAUUGUAAAUGUUGUUUAGUUGAAGGUGUUUUAUAUUUAGCAAGAGCAAGAAAAUCAAAUUUUUUAGAUGUAUUAGAUGCAGCAGGAAGAACCUCUAAGAAGCAAAAAUACUCUGUUCCAUUGGAAGUAUCUUUGAUGAGUAAGCAUUGUCUUUUUAAAUCAAAGAAGUUCUCUAAUAAUAAAAAUAUUUUUCGACCAAAACCUAUUAUGAAAGAAAAGCAAAUGUUAUAUUCUCGUUUUGUAAGACCUGUAGAUUAUGAAAGCAUCCUUCCAACACAACCACAACACUAA